AUGCGAAGGUCUUUACUGGCUAAGCGUAAAUUCGGCUUUGUAGAUGGUACUAUUGUAAUGCCAAAGACGGAUGCAAAGAAGAUGGAGGAUUGGAUUGUUGUUCAGUCCAUGUUAGUUUCUUGGAUAACUAAUACUCUUGACUCGAAGACUGCUUUGGGAGCGUGUCAACAGUCUUCUACAGAGUCCGUAGCAGAUUAUUUCGGCAGGCUCUCGAAGAUUUGGAAGGAGCUCUUGAAUUAUGUUCGGGUUCCUAAAUGCGGAUGUGGGAAGUGUGAGUGUAACAUUGUUACACAGGUAGAAAGUAUUAGAGAAGAAGACUACCUGGAUUAUUUUUUGAUAGGCUUGGACGCACACUACGCAGCGAUUCGGGCUCAACUACUUGCACAAUCACCUUUGCCAAGUGUGGAUGUUGCUUACCAAAAUGUAGCAAUGGCGGAAAGACUGCGAGAUGGGAGUAUGAAGGUAGAGAAUGCUGUGGCGUUUAAGGUGGACAAGGCAAAGCCAAAAUAUGAGGAUAAUAGUGACAAGUUUUGCAAUCAUUGUAAUCGCAUAGGCCAUGACGAGAGUGGGUGUUUUCAGAUCAUUGGUUACCCCGAGUGGUGGGGGGACCGUGGUCGUGGAGGAAGAGGCAGAGGCCGUAGUGGAGGCUGUGGUGGCCGGGGAGGAGCACGCAAUUCUGGCAGCAACUCGGCAUCUACUUCAUCACAGCAGCAGUCCGUGAGAGCCAACAAGGUUGGUGGUUCGUCACAACAACAAUCGCAAGCCCCCUUGACUGAUGAUGCAGCAGCUAGUUUGGUUGGCGUGAGUGCUACUCAAGUCCAACAAAUUUUGGACAUCUUGAAAAAUAACAAGUUUCAUGGUAAGACAAAUAAAAUACCUUGGAUUGUGGAUACAGGUGCAUCAAACCAUGUUUCAUGUGAUUUGACGUUGUUUAAGAACGUGAAGAAAAUCCAAAAUUGUCCCGCAGGUUUGCUAGACGGAAACUCGGCUAAUGCGGAUCAAUUAGGAACGGUGAUAUUGCCGGGUGGUUUACAACUCGAGAACAUGCUUUACGUGCCUCAAUUAACUUGCAAUUUAAUUUCUGUGACUCAAUUAAAUGAUGAAUCCAAGUGUAUGAUGCAAUUUACUAACAAAAUAUGUGUUAUACAGGAUCCGCAGACGAGGAAGGUGAUUGGUGUGGGUGAACGCGAGGAUGGACUGUAUAUAUUCCGGGGUGUGCCUCAAGUGAAGGUUCUAGCAGUAGAAGGAGAUUCUUCGUUCGACUUAUGGCAUCAACGGUUGGGACAUCCCUCAGAUUCAGUUUUGAGAAAUAUUCCGCAUGUGAGUAGCUCUUCUAGGAAAAAUAAUAAAUUUGUGAUGUUUGUCCUCGUGCAAAACAAUCUAGGAGUAGUUUUCCAAUUAGUGAAAAUAAAGCAAGUCGUAUAUUUGAACUUGUGCAUAUUGAUUUAUGGGGUUCGUAUAAAAUACCAGCCUCAUGUGGUGCCCGUUAUUUUUUAA